AUGGAAGCGUGCCAUUGCUCGCCAGCGUGGCCAAACACCAGCGCCACAUCAGAAGAAGCUCGCAACGAGGCGGCCAGGCGUCUCUUUCGCGGCGGCUACGUCAGGGACGUCCCUCCGCCGCCCCGGCUACGUCGGUUCCUGCUCCCGCCGCAUCCGAGGGCCGUACCGACACCGGAGGCUCCUGCGCCUCCACCACCGCAGCCAGUGGCGGUACCGGGUACUGCCUCUCCCGGGCCGUCGGCCGGACCGCGCCCCCACCAACCGCCGGCGCGGGGGGUCACCGACCAGUGGGCACCCAACGCUCAGCACCGUCUGUCGAGCAGCCCCAGGUGGACUCUCACAGCGAAGCAGCCACGCCCCCCCCUUUCCUGCGCCGGGGCCGCGCCGGCUGUCUCCACCGCUGACCUGGCCCAACCUCGUCGCGCAGCUCACAGCCCUGGUGACCAGUGCUACGAAGUUGAUUGA